GAUUCACAAUUAUGGAAUAACAUGGAAAGCAUCGAUAUUCUCGGCGGAAGCACAGGGUUCGACUAUCAGCAAACCAAGCUGCCGACUUUCUGGAAUACGCCCUUGACUCAGAUCUGUCUUGGAAUGAAAGUUAAGGACGAAGAUAGGUUUAUCACAAUCAAUCUGACGGCCAGUUCGCUGCAUUCGAUAUUUUCCACUGAUCAGUACUUGCCAACAUCAUUGGGUCGAAAUGUUUGGAAAAAGGUAGUGGGUCCUCAGGCUUCACUGCAGCAUUUGUGCAACAAAGAGGGUUUUAACGUGGUGUGUUCAGGUGCCAUUAAAACGAGAAUCGGUAUCAUUACGGAUGACGUGCCGAUGGUCUCUCCGUUUACUUGCGUAGGCUGUGACUCGGCUAUUACGUUUGGAGGCGAUGAUUUUCAAGUGUGUGGGAAUAAUGGCUAUAAGGAUAUCUCUGCCAUGGGGUAUAUUCUGAUAAAAUAAAAAAUCCCGCUGUAUGUGAAACCAAGAAGCACCUUUGGGAGGUUAAUCCGUUGUGCCAUAUUAAUAUGUUUAUAGGCAUCUCUGUGAGCAUCAGAUGUUUGUAAGUGGACAGCUUGAAUUUAAGAGCGAAGCACCACAAAGCUACGCAAUUUGCCGGUCGUAAAUUCUAGUAAACAACAAUUCAAGCAGGGUAAAUCUACCACACGGAUCUCGUAAAUGCAAGAAAUUUCAAAUGACCACAUCAACCCACCAGCAGCUGCUGUGAUGCCACACGACCAAGGAGUCUAGUUAUUUAGUGUUCGAGUGUUCGUCUUUUUGUGUGAAUAGGAGAAUCAAUGACUUUGUGGCAAGUGUGUUUCGUGUUUGCUGCUUUAUCGAAACAUUCUUGGGAUAGCAAAAAAUUUGUAAAUGCAACUGGAGAGAACCUGAGAGGGAACCUUCUCGAGAGAGAGCUCCAAUAUGUGGCCCAAAUUCAUGAUAAACUACAAGACGCUGUUGGAUGCAACGAUGUUGCAGUUCUCAACGUGUCGUUUGAUAGCCAAAGGUGGAAAAACGAAUCUCUUAUUGCAGUCAAAGUCGCCAAUCUCUUGACUUCUCUCUGGUCUGUGAAAUCGUCCGCUUCUGCCGAAUCUGUUGUUGAGAAUGACAUUUUACUGUUUCAAAUGGUUCGCUACAACGUCCGUUUCUCUCCAUCUGUUUUCGGAUCAGCUGUAUGUUUCGCGCCAAACUUGUACAAGGACUAUGAAAGGUUUUGUCCUUAUGCGUUCAAGGACAAGAAAUUGAACGGAAGCAUUCAUGUUACAGAUCUUGGGCAAACGGAUUACGAUUACACUACGAGCCCAAACGCUAUUUGGUGGCCUGCAAUCACACAAAAAACCAGAAACAAGAGGUCAACAGAUUGGAUGAAAGUGACCGACUUUUAUUCAGUAGGAAGCGCGAAUGGAAUUGUCGAGAAUGAAACCCGCAACCGAUUACUUGUGACAUACGAAGAUGGUUUGUGGACUAGGCCGUAUUUCGAUUGUUUUGGUGGCAAAGAGUGGAUGAUAACCUAUCUUGCUCCAGUUUUAAACGAAACCAACGAAUUUUUAGCUUUAGUAAGCGUGGAUAUUUCUCUUGAGGAUGUAGAUAUCGACCAGUGCGAUGCCCCAGACUCCGCUGAACAGCAGAGCUCAGAAGAGACUGGUGACCAAGCCAAACCAAACCACUUAAGCACAUUCAUGGGAACUCACAGGUGCAAAAAGAGCACAAAGUGUGUACCAGUCCCUUUCCAAGGAUUCAAACGCGGCACCUAUCGCUGUACUUGCAAACGAGGCUACUAUUUUCCAGACCCCACAGCAACUCGGAAAUACUUUCCCGGGCAGGUCCUGGAGAAAGAAUACGACAAGAUGCUGAGAGGCGAAUCGAACCUUUAUGAGCACCACUUUGAGUGCCUUGCUUGUAGUGAGGGCUGUGAGGAAUGUGUGGAUGGCAGCGCAUGCGUGUAUGAUGUGUAUACAAAGCUGAGAUAUUCUCUCCUUGUAAUUAACUGCCUCUUUGUCGUCAUUUCGUUAGCCCUCGCAGCAUUGGUGUUCAAACUUUGGCAGAAUAAGAUAUUCAAAGCUUCCUGUCCACGUUUUCUUGAAGUCAUUAUCUGCGGAGCGAUAAUGAUGUAUGUAAAGCUUAUCGUAUCGUUCCCUAAACCUUCCGAAGUGCGCUGCAUAUUGUCACCUUGGUUACAUCACCUGGGUUUCGCUUUGGUAUAUGGUUCUCUGGCUCUGAAGACAUGGAGAGUGGUGUUAAUUUUCCGCGUGCGCUCCGCUCGUAAGUUGGCUAUAACAGACAGUGUGUUGCUGAGGAGAUUGGCAGUUAUUGUAUUGCUGUAUACAAGUUACUUGACCGUUUGGAUGGUGAUACAGCCACCUUCCAUCGAAUCAAGUAUUACCGCUGAUAAACUCAAAUACGACAGAUGCUCGACAAGCUCGUUUAGUCACAUGAUCUUAGCAGCUGACUUCGUAGUCCUUGCUUGGGGAAUGUGGCUCAGUUUCAAAGUGAGAAAAGUACCACAAGUUUACAAUGAAAGUAAAUUCAUCGGCUAUGCCAUAUACAACGCCACGUUUAUAAUCUGCUUCAUCAACGUGUUGAGUGUUGUGCUAAGUAGCGGCUCAUCUCCUGACGUGAUGUACGCCAUGGACUUUAUAAACAUCAACAUUAGUGCAUCUGUCACGCUGAUGCUUUUGUUUUCCCACAAGAUUUUUUUAGCUUUGGCCCUGAGAAGUAACAGCCACCGCACCUCUCCUCAGGAGAAUAAGUUAUCAGUUCGUUCCAGAGGGGAGACAUUUGCUAAGGAACUUGACACAACUAUACUCGGUGGAGAAAAUGACGAACUUAAGCGGGAAGUACGAAGACUUGCUUCGAAAGUUGCACUUCUUCAAUCUCAGUUGAUGACCGAGCGAAACAGACACGUAACGAAGAUUGGGUCUAGCUAAAAGGCUAAGUGUCAGACUUGCAGCCAAUUUGUCGUGAAUGAGUGACUUCCGAGUUCUUAAGUUUAAUAAAAUUAAGAUUUCAUAGCUCUCUUUAAAAAUCAUCAAAACAUUGACGGUCAUAAUCUCUUCCUGUACGGAAUUGGAUUCUCUCAGUUUGUUCAUGAACUACUAUAGUUUGUAAACCUGUGCAGCAGUAAAUGCUGUUUGAAGCGCAUUCAUUUUGUUUUAUUUGCUAAUCGUUUGACUCGUGAAGAACAGAAACCUACCGCUGCCACUGCGCAUUUCCUGCCAUUCUUUAGCCCAGGGCCACUCGUUUCACUUACCGUUACGAGUUUCUUUAACCACGUGACCAAGAAGAACGAGGACUCUGAGAAAUGAGCAUUUUUCAGCAUUGAAGAUAUUCUUAAACCGAAUCUAUAAAAUUUUUCGAUCUUUUCUUGAUCUUUGUUUUGAUUCCAUCUCAUUUUAUUAGAUCUCAUUACUGUUUGCUGUCUCCUUCAAAAAUUUAAGGCAGUUU